UUGCAGAGCAAUCACAUGCAUGUGAUCCAGUGGGUCUGAUUUGAGCGAUUGAUUUGGCCCUUUUUAUCCCCCUUUUCGUUCCUUGUGUUGGAUUUUUUUCUUAUCUAUUAUCGUUUUGGACCACAGGAGGUUGGAUUACUGAAGGUGUACAUAUAUAUAAACGGAUUUGUGGAAAUGUUGGGUCCUCACCAAGAAAAAAUAUGUGGAAUUGUCUCUGCUCUGACAGUGUUGUCGUCUGUCUGCUUUGUACAAUGCAAUUCUGCUGGAUCUGGAAUAUCUGUGGCCAAAUCGACAGUGGACAAACUGUUGAGGGGUUAUGACAUCCGUCUCCGGCCGGAUUUUGGAGGUCCCCCAGUCAUUGUGGGAAUGAGCAUAAAUAUCGCCAGCAUUGACUCCAUCUCAGAAGUCAACAUGGACUACACCAUCACUAUGUAUUUCCAGCAGAGCUGGAGGGACAAACGGCUGGCGUAUGCAGAGAUGGCACUCAAUCUGACCCUCGACAACCGUGUGGCUGAUCAGCUCUGGCUACCUGACACCUAUUUCCUGAAUGACAAGAAGUCCUUCCUGCACGGGGUGACGGUGAAGAACCGCAUGAUCCGGCUCCACCCUGACGGCACGGUGCUGUACGGACUGAGAAUAACCACAACGGCUGCAUGCAUGAUGGACCUGAGGAGAUACCCCCUGGAUGAACAGAACUGUACCCUGGAGAUUGAGAGCUACGGAUACACCACAGACGACAUCGUGUUCUUCUGGCAAGGAGGCGACAAUGCUGUGACCGGAGUGGACAAACUGGAGCUGCCUCAAUUCUCCAUCGUGGAGCUGCGUCUUGUGUCCAGAGAAGUGAGGUUCACAACAGGCUCGUAUCCCAGGCUGUCACUGAGUUUUCGCAUCAAAAGGAAUAUAGGCUACUUCAUCCUGCAGACCUACAUGCCCUCGAUCCUGAUCACCAUCCUUUCCUGGGUGUCCUUUUGGAUCAACUAUGAUGCCUCUGCUGCUCGGGUGGCACUCGGGGUCACUACGGUACUCACUAUGACAACCAUUAACACCCAUCUACGGGAGACGCUCCCAAAGAUCCCCUACGUGAAAGCCAUCGAUGUCUACCUCAUGGGCUGCUUUGUUUUCGUGUUCCUGGCCCUUCUCGAAUAUGCCUUCGUCAACUACGUGUUUUUCGGACGAGGACCCCAGCAGCAGAAGAAAAUCAACGAACGCCUCAACAAAGCCAACAACGAACGCCCACGCUACGAGGACAAACGCCUGCGAGAACAGGACUCCAUUUCAGCGCCGUUUCAAAGCAACACCCUCAGGUCAUACACACAGCGAAGAAAUCUGUAUCUCGAAGAACAAAGAAAAGUUGGGGUGGACGCUUACGGCAACAUCCUGCUCACCACCCUGGAGAUGAACAAUGAGGUGAUGCCGUCAGACGUGGGCAGCAGCGUAAGUGACUCGCGCAACUCUGUCAUGUCGUUUGACAGCUCGGGCGUGCAGUUUCGUAAGCCUGUCGGUUCGUCUCGCGACGGCUUCGGCCAUCACUCGCUGGAGCGCGGCGCCAUGCGCAGCCGUGCCAACUGCCGCCUGCGGAGGCGCUCGUCCAAGCUCAAGCUCAAAAUCCCCAACCUGACGGAUGUAAGCACCAUUGACAAGUGGUCACGCGUGAUUUUCCCCAUCACGUUCGGAUUCUUCAACCUUAUCUACUGGUUGUACUACGUGAAUUGACACACGUCCUCCCAGGAAACAUGGGCCAUAUUUUGAGAGCACACACUGAAUUGGCUUUGAUACAAUUGGAAAAUAUGUAUACACAUAUAGGAAAAGUUCAUACAUAUGUAUAUGCAUAUUUCUAUAUCUUAUAUUUCUAUACACACAAUGCGGAAAGAACUUUUCUGAUUUAAAAAAAAAAAAAAUUAUAUAGAUUGACUUGAAUGUUUAAGAAUCACGUGAGACAAACAUUUCUUUUACUUCUGAAACUAACAAACGUUUGAACAAGAAAAAAAAAAAAAUCCUUCCAAGGGUUUGGAACUAAGGACUGCAUGAUAUUUUUGCUAAAAGAAAGAUUGCAAGAUAUAGAGAAAAGGAUACGCAGAGCAUCCUCAUUCGGCUUUUUAUCGAUACACACUGCAAUCAGCCUUUUCCCCCGACUGCAGCUCAUGAAAUCAGUCAUGGCUCGUAUGCUUUUGGGCACAGACCAGGCAGAACACGUUCCCUCCGUCCUCGA